GCAGCAGCGCCCAAGGGACUGGAGGGAGGCUCUGAGCAUGUGCAGAGCAGCGCGGCGGCGGCUGCCUCGGCGAGAGGCAGCGGCCCGGUGCUGAUGCGAACAGCCGCCUCGGUCUCUGCCCCAGCGUAGUCGGCCCCCUGGGCCGGGGCGGCAGGGAAGGAACUGUAGCCUCCCCGCGGCCCGAGGAGCCGGCGCGUCGGCCUGUACCCCGCCCCUCCCCACCCCCGGCGGCCGCGGCGCCCUCGGGGACCACGAUGAUGGCGGAGCAGGUGAAAUGCGCCUCGGCGGGGGGCGGCUCCGGAGCGGGCUCCGGGCCGGUGGUGAACGCGGAGCUGGAGGUGAAGAAGCUGCAGGAGCUGGUGCGCAAGCUAGAGAAGCAGAACGAGCAGCUGCGGAGCCGGGCGGCCAGCGCGGCCGCCGCACCGCACCUGCUGCUGCUGCCGCCGCCGCCCCCCGCCGCGCCGCCCCCCGCUGGGGCCUGCAGCCCGUUGGCUCCGCGGAGCCCCCCGGCCGCCGCUGCCGCCGCCUCGGGGGGACUGGGGCUGGGGCUGGCGUUGGGCGCUGGGGGCGGAGGCGGGGGCGGCAGCGGUGGCUCUGGCCCCGCGUUCCCGGGGACCUACUGCCUGCCCGGCCCGGCGCCUUCCCUGCUCUGCAGCCUGGCGCAGCCCCCCGAGGCGCCCUUCGUCUACUUCAAGCCGGCGGCGGGCUUCUUCGGCGGGGGCGGCUGCGGCCCGGAGCCGGGGGGCGCGGGGACACCUCCCGGGGCCGCCGCCGCGCCGCCCUCGCCGCCCCCCACGCUGCUGGACGAGGUGGAGCCGCUGGACCUGGAGAGCGUGGCCGCCUGGCGGGACGAGGACGACUGCACCUGGUUAUACGUUGGCUCUUCAAAGACAUUCCCGUCAUCAGAGAAAUCCCUGAGCCCUUUGCAGUGGUGUAGACAUGUCCUAGAUAAUCCGACUCCGGAGAUGGAAGCAGCAAGGCGUUCCCUGUGCUUUAGACUGGAGCAAGCUAGCCGAUGGCGGAGUCUCUUCCCUUCAAAUGUCUCACUGGCUUUUCCUUAUAGCCCUGUGGCAAGACUCAGCCCUUAUAGCAAUGGCAUUAAUACUCCCAGCUUCUCUAAAACCUCAAAUAAAGCAAUACUAACACCUGAAAGAACAGGUUACACAUCCAGGGGCUCCCCUCUCAGUCCCCAGUCAUCCAUAGACAGUGAGCUGAGUACUUCAGAGCUGGAGGAUGAUUCUAUCUCCAUGGGAUAUAAGUUACAGGACCUCACUGAUGUUCAGAUCAUGGCUCGUCUGCAAGAAGAAAGUCUCAGGCAAGAUUAUGCUUCUACUUCAGCAUCUGUGUCGAGACCUAGUUCCAGUGUGUCACUGAAUUCAGGAAAAAAAGGGACAUGCAGUGAUCAAGAAUACGAUCGAUUCAGCCUGGAGGACGAGGAGGAAUUUGAUCACCUGCCACCACCUCAGCCUCGUCUUCCAAGAUGCUCACCUUUCCAAAGAGGAAUCCCCCAUUCACAGACUUUCUCCAGCAUUCGGGAGUGUAGGAGGAGCCCCGGGUCCCAGUAUUUUCCUUCGAAUAAUUACCAGCAGCAACAGUAUUAUUCACCUCAAGCCCAAACUCCAGAUCAGCAACCAAAUAGGACCAACGGAGAUAAGCUCCGAAGAAGUAUGCCUAAUCUAGCUCGGAUGCCAAGUACAACCGCUGUUAGUAGCAAUGGUAGUUCUCCAGUCACCGUGCGGAAUAGUCAGAGUUUUGACUCAAGCUUGCAUGGAGCUGCAAAUGGAAUUUCAAGAAUACAGUCUUGUAUUCCGUCACCGGGGCAGCUUCAACACAGAAUCCACAGCGUGGGACAUUUCCCAGUGUCUGUCCGGCAGCCUCUUAAAGCCACAGCCUACGUGAGUCCAACCGUUCAAGGCAGCAGUAACAUGCCUUUAUCCAACGGCUUACAGUUAUACUCCAACACGGGGAUCCCUGCCCCCAACAAAGCUGCAGCUUCUGGGAUAGUGGGCCGCAGCGCACUCCCAAGACCUUCAUUGGCAAUAAACGGGAGUAACCUGCCUCGAAGCAAAAUUGCACAGCCUGUCAGAAGUUUCCUUCAGCCUCCAAAGCCUCUGUCUUCACUCAGCACUCUGAGGGAUGGAAACUGGAGAGAUGGUUGCUACUGAUGCAGUUCUAUGUACGUUUGAACAGCUGGAAAGAAGUGGAAAUGAGGGUCGUGUUACCUAGCUGGCUGGGUAACAGCGGGUGUCGGGAUAUUCUUUCCCUUCUGCGUUUUAACAUAUUUACUGCAUUGUUUUUCAAUGGACCAAUCACCAGAGACUAAUUAUUGCACUUAAAUAUUUGCCUGAGAUACUGCAGCGUUCACAAAUCCAUGGUUGCAGUAUUGUGACACUUAGAGCUAGGAAGUUUUUGUAGAACUGAUAUGUACCUGAAUCCUUUUUGAGAGAAUUGAGAUGUAUCCAUAAUGCUUUCUUUGCCAUCUGAGUUUCUUAAAGUAACUUGUUCAAUUUACUUACAUGUUCUAAACAUCUUCCCAUUACAUGUUCUGUAUUUUAAUACACUGCAUCUUUACAACCAGGUUCUAUAACGUAUGCUUUGAAAUUCACUUUUUUAUAGUUUACAGGAAUUUUAUUUUUUGUGCCUAUUUCUUUUUACACCUACGUGAACCACUGUGGAACAACUUAAAUUUUGUGCCAUAAAAAUAUUUUUGUGGUAAGGUACUAUUUUUUUAGCUCUAGGGAUAUAUCAGCAAAAAUCCAUCAUAACAAUUUGAGAGACAUAAAAUUAUGUUGAAUGAGCACAAUGUAAUCUGAAGCAUUGAACACUGAGACAGCCAGACAACAGAGUGAAAUGGUCUUGUUGUUUUCAUUGUUAAUUUAUUGUCAUACGUGGGUUUCAUAUUUAUAAUGGCAUCACAAGCUCAUUGCACUUAAUACCUGCAAUGUUUGCUACUGUACUACUAUUGAUUUUCAAUACUUUUACAGAAGACGAAACUGUAACAUUUUAUUAAUAAUGCUUCUGGAAAUGAACGCAUUUUAAAGCAAAUAAAUCUUUUUGAUAGACCUUUUACAAAAUCCAUUUGCACUAAUGAAUGCUUUCUUAUGGUAUAUGACUUCAUAUUUGUUACUGUGUACACUGCUGUUUUGGAAUGUUCAGAAAUAAAGACUAUUUCAGCAGUAUCAGGUCACGCAUGAAUGUGCAGCAUAAACAGUACGAAUACCACGCCUACGUUUCACCACGACUGUGAAAGUAUUGUCAUUGUUAUGCUCUCGUACAGAGCAUUUAUACCUGAGGCGGGUAGGCAGAAUGUUCACAUUUGUAAACAGUUCUCUCUCUCUAAAAUGCUUGGGAGAAGAGAUGUGAGGUUUUAGUUCUGCAGUGGGGUUUCGGUACCACUUAGGAUGGUCACUAGAACCCAAGGAGCCUCUUGCCCAGAAACCCAUUUGUGGAUGAAUACUGUCAGUGGAGAUUCCAAUAUUUUGGGGGGGUUGAACUUGAAGUAUUUCUUUUCCCAGUGUCAGAAGUAUUAUCAUUAGUCUACACUAUAGUUGAUGUACACUGGAAAACUUUUCACCUCAAGUUGCUAUGGAAAGGUUAGGUAAAAGGUGUCAAUGUUAAGUUUUAAAACAGAGUUCUCCUGAAGGUCAUUAGGGAUUUUUAUUUUUAAGAAAUGUGCCUUUCUACAUAGUUCCAUGGGGAACUAAAAGACUGGCUUUUAAUUAGCCUGUCCUUUAAAUGAAAUGUGGGCUAGAGGAGGUGAGGUAUCAAAGGAGAAGUGAUACUUAUUGAGCACUUUGUUAGUGACAAGCACUUUCUUAGUCACUUUGCUAGUGACUGUGCUAGAAAUUUUUUAUAUAUUUGUCUAAUUUUUAACAAUCACCUCCUAUUACCACCAUUUAAAAAGUAAAGACCCUGAGCCCAAGGGAUGUGACAUUAACCUAGUGUAAACAUCUAGCUAGUAAAUAGUGAAGCUGACUUUUGAAUCCAGGUGUAUCUGAUCUCAAAAGUCUGUUUUUGCCACGACUGUGCUCUUCCUAUGAACAUAUGUAGUUCAGUUAGUACAUUUUUUAAAAAUGAGUUUAUAUUCUGAGAAGGUGAAAGGAUUCAACUCAUUUGCAAAUCAAGUAUUUCAUUUAUAUUCAAAAAAGUCUGUUCAGCCCUUGGAAUAAAAACCAAAGAUCCCUGUAUCUUGGAAUUUACAUUCUAGUUAGUAGAGCAACAGUAAACCACAUACAAGUAAGUAAAUCACAGUACAGGUCUUAAGUGCUAUGGCAGAAAAAAGAAAAGGGAUGAAAGUAAGGGAGGAGGUGAGAAAAUGGAGAUGGGGAGAGAUCACAGUAUUAAGUAGGAUCAUCUGGGUAGAGCUCACUAAGAAGGUGACACCUGAACAAAGACAAAAUGGUGUUGGCGAUUAUUUUCACAGUUCUCCCCAGGAUGGUAGUAACAUUUAUUCUAGAUGCAUAGGAGAGAAUUUAAUAUAUUGCAUCAAGAGAUGCCCUAGGGUAUGGUCCGCACAUCAGCAGCAGCAGCAUCUCUUGGAAACUUACUAGAAAAUUCAGCUCCUCAGGCUCACCCCACACCUAUUGAAUCAGCCAUCUAGGUGAUUUACAGAGCCCCCUUUGAGGAAAGCUGCUGGAAAGGAGGGAGCAGCCUAGGCAACGGCUUAGGGCAGAGCGUGCCUGGGGUGUUUGAGGAAGAGCAAGGAGGCCAUUGUGGCUGCAAGCAGAGGGAACAAGGAGGGAAGCAGUAGAGAUGAGGUCCGAAGGGAGACAGGGAAAGAUCACGUAGGGCAUGUGGGCCACAAUAAGGCUUUGAUUUUACUCUGGAAAUGGGAGCUAUUCAUGGUUUUGAGCAGCAGAGUUUAUGAUUUGACUUUUUAAAAGCAUCACUCGCAUUUGGUGAGACUAGACUCUUAAGAAAUGAAGAUGCCGUGAAGGUGACAGGAUAGCAAUGGAGGAGAUAGAAAUGGUCAGAUUCAGGCUGUCUUCUAAAACUACAGCUAUCAGGAUUUCUUUAUGGAUUGGAUAUACUGUGUUAGAGACCAAAAGAAAAACUCCAGGUGUUUUGGGCUGGCAACUAAAAGGAUAGAGUUCCUCCAACAGAGACGGGGAAGCUGUGGGUGGAGUAGGCUGGAAAACCAUGAUUCUGGCUGAGCUCAGUUAUGCUCUCUAGGGAGUUCCCUGGCAGUCCAGUGGCUAGGACUCGGUGCUUUCACUGCCGGGGCCUGGGUUCAAUCCCUGGUCAGGGAACUAGGAUCCCAUAAGCCAUGUGACACAUUCCAAAAAAAAAAAGUUACGCCCUGUAUCUCAUGUGCAUUCCUCAGACUGUAACAAACCAGGACUCAUACAGGAAAAGGGAUCCUGAGAUGCUUAGUUCUGCAACAUGAAAGGGAGCUAUGGUGCUGAGUUAACACAGACAGUCUUCCCUGGCUGACAUUUGUAUUAGUUAGCUAUUGCUGCAUAACAAGUUACUACAAAACUAAGUGGCUUAAAACAUUAUCUCAGUUUCUGUGGGUCUGGAACCUGGCCACAGCCUAGCUGGGUCCUCUGGCUCAGGGUUUCUCACAAGGCUGCAGUCAUCCUGAGACUCAACUAGGGAAGAAUCUGCUUCCAAGAUCAUUCACGUGAUUGUUGGGACGAUUCAUUUCCUUUUGUGCUAUUGACUAGAAGGUACCAUUGCUUUCUUGCCACAUGGACCUCUCCUUGGGCAGCUUACAACAUAGUGGCUUGCUUCAUCAGAAUGAGCACGAGAGAGAGAGAGAGAGAGAGCGUGCGAGAGCGCGUGAGCCAGAAAGCUGGAAAUUUUUCUGUUGUAACUUAAUUUUUAGAAGUGACAGCCCAUCGUUUUUGCCAUGUUUUAUUCAUUGGAAGCAAGUCACUAUGUCCAGCCCUCAUUUAAGGGGAGGGGAUUACACAAAAAUGUUAAUACCAGGAGACAAAGGUCAUUGGGGCCAUCCUAGAAGCUGCCUGCAAAACACUGCCAACCACUUUACCAGAUAAUGCCAAUCUAAUUUCCCAUUAGUUGUAUUACUACUGUACAUGUUUGCCAGGAGGCUAUGAGAAUUCCUGUUACUACACAUAUUUGGUAUUGUUAAAACAUCUUUAACUUUUAAGUCUGUGGGUAUCUAGUUGUGUCUCAUGGUCUUAAUUUUCAUUUCCUUGGUUGUAGUGAGAUAGAAUACCUUUGCAUUUGUUUAUUGAACAUUUGCGUAUCAUCUUUUAUGGGUUCCUGUUCAGGUCUUUUGUCCAUUUUUCUAUUGGGGUUUCCUUACUGAUUUGUAAUAGUUAUUUAUAUAGUCUGCUACAAACCUUUUGUCAGUUAUAUGUGUUAAAACUAUAUCUUCACACUGUGUAGCUUACCUUUUAAUUCUUUUAAUGAGGUAUUCUGAUAGAAUUAUUAAUUUUAACAUAGUACAUAUUUACCAUUUUUUUAAAGAUGAGCCGUUUUGUGUCUUGUUUAAAGAGUAUUUCCUGACCCUGGAAUCGUGAAUAUAAUCUCCUGUAUUCUCAACGUUUUAUUAUUUUGCUUUUCACCUAUAUUUUAUAUUGUUCAUGUGGAUUUAUAGUUGUCCUAGUAACACUUACUGAAAACUUUGUCCUUACCUCACUGUUCUUUGUCAUAAUCAGAUGUCUUUGUGUGUGUAUGUGUCUAUUUCAGAACUGUCUAUUCCUGUACCAGAACCAUACUGUUUUAAUCUCUAUAGACUUAUAAUUACAUUUUGCUAAAUAGAGUAGUUUUACUAUCUUUUCCUUCAAGUGUGUCAUGGAUAUUCUUGUCCCUUUGCAUUUCCACAUGUAUUUUUAAACAAACUAGGCAGAAAAACAUCCUGUUGGAAUUUUGAUUGGAUUGCAUUGAAUUUAUAAUUCAAUAUGUUGGAAAUUGACUGUUUACAUACUGAGUCUUAAAAAUCCAUGAACAUGGUCUACCUCUUCUUUUAUUGAUUGAGGUAUUCUUUAAUCUCUCUCAAUAAAAUUGUGCAAGUUCUUCCCAGAGGACUGAAAUGCCUUUUGCAAGAUUAAUUUCUAGGUAUGUGAUACUUUUUUAUGCUAUGUGAUACUUAUGAUAUUUUAAAAAUUUCAUUUCAAAUGUUUUAUUCAACCACCUUAAAUUUAUGUUAGUUAUGUUAAUUUAUACUUAGAAUCUUUAUAUACACAGUCAAAAUGUAUGAAUGUUAGAUUUCUUUCUUUCCUAUAUCUUUUUCUUGCCUAUGGUCUUCAAUGCAGUAGUAAAUAUAAAUGAGAAUAGAUAUCUAUCUCUUUGCUAAUUCAAAAGGAAAGCUUUCUCUUUUCUUACCAUUAGGUUUCAAAUUUGCUAACAGUAUUUUAUCAUAAAAGAAUGAAUUUUAAACAAACUUUCUGCAUCUAUUAAAAUAAGACUAUCUCAUUUAAUCUGUUAAUAUGCUGACUUUAUAAUGGAUUUUUCU